AUGUUUACCAACCUGGUGAGAACAAAGGUCAAUAUUAUCCCCCCUGCUAACGGAUCAAAAUAUUACUCUGCCAGAAUCUAUCUUGAAGAGCAUUAUGCAAAUGCAGUAAGCAACUAUGAAAAGGGCAAUAUAAUCAGAGCUUUCCAUCAACUCGGAAUGGCCUGUCAUUAUCUUGCUGAUUGCGGUACACCUCCACACACUGCUGGAAUUCAGUUCCCAUUGAAUCCAUUAGCUCCAAAUCCACACCAUGUAUUCGAGAAAUACGUAGAUAAACAUUGUGAUGAAUAUAACGCUACUUCUGCCAUUGGCCUUUAUGGAUCUCUUGAUGAUGCUAAACUUGGAUAUACUGUCAAUUAUAUGGCAAAGAAGUCUUCAUCAUAUAAAGAUGUAGUUUUAUCAAUGGAUCCACUCCAAUAUCCGAAAGCCCUUCCAGUUUCAUUAGGAAUAUCGCAACAAUAUACCGCAGUUUUAUUGGAGAAGUUCUAUCGCAAAGUUUCAUCGAAAUGA